AUGCUUGAUAAUGAUUUUAUUCGUUAUGUAUUCAUUGUUUUAUUAUUAUUAGCAUCGAUACAUUUAACAAUAUCUCAAAAUCCUGGAACAUCAGAAAUGUCAACAGAGCCUGGUACGGUUGAGACCAGCACUGCAAUAACGCCAUCAGCCGAUUCUGCUUCCGAUGGAACUACUUCUGAUAUGUCUACAACUUCACCGUUGACUGACACUACAGAAAUGACUUCACUUUCCAGCAAUUAUGAUUCAUCUACUAUCUCCUCUGAUAGUUCACCUUCAAUUACAGGUAGUAAUACUUCAGCAACAGGAAGUGAAUUCUUUCAGAGUUUAUUUCUAACAGUAGGUGAUUCAACGACUUCAACAAUGACUGGCACUGGCACAGAGGAUUCUACAAUGACUGACAGUUCAACUAGUGAAUCUACACCAUCAACAUACCAGUCUUCUGAUACAAGUGAAACUUCGGAAUCUACUGCAUCCCCUACUUCAACUCAAACAUCUCCCAUUUCACAAGAUUCAUCAUCCUCAUCAUCAACUGACCUUUCUUCAUUGACAACUGAAAACACUUUUUCAUCUACCAUGCAAACUUCCACUUCGGAAAAUAUCACAGAAGGUCCAACGUUAUCAAGUGAAACGAUUUCAUCAACCCGCAUGAGUGACUCAACUUCAUCUGUGUUCGAAUCUUCGAGUACGUUUUUGUCCUCAACGGAAAUGUCAAUCGGUUCUGAGACCACGAAAGAGCCAAUAUCGACUUCUUCAUUUCCAUAUGAAUCUAGUUCAUCUUCGGUAAUUGGCUCAACAUCGGCGGACUUGACAGAUGUAUCAUCUACCAGUUCGGUUUACAUGACGACAACAGAACUGACUACGUCCAUUUCAAGUCAAUCAACUAAUACAGUUAGCAGAGAUACUUUAUCUACGUCUGCAUCUACUGUUGAAGGAUCAAUAUCAAGCACAUUCAAUACAGGAAUUACAUCGGUUAUAUCUGAUACCACAAAUGCGAUAACGGGGUUAACAUCAAUUUUUACAACUCCAAGUGAAGUGAUUUCAUCAGUAACAAGUGAUCAACCCUCGAUUACAUCUGUAUCUGAUACUAGUUCUUUAACUUCAACAUCAAAUAUAAUAUCCAGUGGUUCGUCAUCCACAACCGAAACUACAUCUGGUCAGACUAUUAUUUCGUCAGAAUCAUCGACAACACUAUUAACAAAUCUAUCUUCCUCAUCAAUGUUAUCCCAAACGAAUCCUUCCGAAACUUCAACUGGAAGUCCAAUAAUUACAGCAACCAUAACGGUACCAUAUGCAUCCAAUUCUUCCACUUCUAUGUCUUUAUUCUCAGAGUCAUCAGCGAUAUCAUCAUCAUCCUCCAGAGAACCUACUGACCAAACAACAACGCUCUCUCCAGUUACGUCACUAUCUACAGGUCAGACUGCAACACAAACGACAAUGAGCAAUAUUUCAACGCAUACGGGCAGUAAUAUUAUUACAACGCAAACAUCUAUACCGAUCACAACAACAACAACAACAACUAUAAGUGGCAUUUUUCUUACUCAAGCGCUCAACAUAGAAUUUCAAGUUAACCAAAGCAUCAAUAAAACUUAUUUUGAUUUAAGUACUACAGAAGGUGCAGCAAACUUCAUUCUCUGGCUUCAAAAUCAGCUUAGACCACUUUUGUUUGUUUCUAAUUUUACAAUUUUAAAUUGUUCCAUUGAUUCAUGUGAAAUAUCCUAUAAUUUAAUAUAUGAAGGAUAUACAUCUCUGGCUAAUAAAACAAUUAUAGAGUAUAUUAAUAAUAGAACAAAAGAUAUAGCCUCGACUCCAUCAGUUAACGUGACAACGAAAAAGUAUUGUGCUAAUGAAACACGAAAACAAAAUGAUUGUGAAUAUUGUGGUACAAAAAGUCUAUGUGCUAGUUAUCCUGAAUCACAAUGUAAACUAAAAGAUAUAUAUGGACAAAAUUAUUAUUGCAAAUGUGAUCGAAGUAAACAUUUUUUUCGUACUAAUUAUGAAUAUGAUGGAAGAUGUGCUCGCACAGCAAUUUUAUGGUGGCCACAAAUGUUAGCAAUUUGUUUGCUCGUAUUUCUGAUUUUUAUUCUUGUAUGUGCUUUAUUAAUGUGCUUACGUCGACGACAAAUUUUUCAAAAAUCAAUAGGCCGAGCAGAGAUUCUAGCAAAUGCACCUCAAAAAAGUCGUGAUUUUGAAUAUAUUGGAUUGCAUAAUGUUGAUCAAUUACCAGCUGAUAAUACAUUAGCACGUUCAAAUAUACCACAUGAUAAUUCAUAUUCAUCACGAAGUUAUCCAUAUGUUCAAAGAGAUGAUAUUUCAAAUCAUUACAAUGAAAUAGAUAAUCGUGCAAAUGUAAUACGUGAUGUAGUUAAUGAACUUAAUCGUGAGAAAGAAGAAAAUCGACGUUUUUAUAUGAGUCGUGGUAUUCAUGAUGAUGAAAUAUAUCUUUAA